AUUAACUUCAGUAAGUUAGCCAAUAAUUAAAUACUCUUCUUUCAAAAUGUUCAAUCGAAUUACUAUCCUUGUUACAUUAUCGUUAAUAUUUGCAAUUUCGAAUGCACAAAUACGUUCACGUAUAGUUGGAGGAGAUUUUGCUAAAGAUGGAGAAUUCCCAUAUCAAAUCUCUUUACAAUUGAAUCAAAAUCAUAUUUGUGGUGGUUCAAUCAUUGGUCCAAAACAUAUAUUAACAGCAGCCCAUUGUGUAGUUCGUUCAGAUGGUGUUCUUCGUCCUGUUAAUGCAAUGUCUAUCCGAGCUGGUACAAAUGUUAUAGGUGUUGAUGGUCAAGUUAGGCAAGCGGAAGCAGUUUAUGUACAUGAAAAAUAUAGAAUGAAUUUAAAUGAUGUUGCAGUAAUUAAACUUUCUAAACCAUUAGAGUAUAAUUCAAAAAUUCAAGAAAUUGAAAUGGAUAGAGGUGAUGCUCCAGUUGGUGCUAUUGUUACUAUUUCAGGUUGGGGUAAAACUGCGAAUGAUGGUAGAAGAUCUGAAGUUUUAAAAACUGCAACCUUAAAAGUCUUAUCAAUUGAGCAAUGUGAUAAAAAGAGUGGAUUAGGUUUUAAACAAACUAUAUGUUUGGAUCAUCCGGCGGGUAUUGGUGCUUGUCAAGGUGAUUCAGGUGGUCCAGCUACAUAUAAUGGAAAAUUGAUAGGUGUUGCAAGUUUUGUAGCAAAAACAUGUGCUUCUAACAAACCUGAUUCAUACGCUAGAGUUUCUUUGUAUUACGAUUGGAUUAAGGAAAAAAUGUCUUUGUGAACAAGUGAAAAAUAAAAAUAUAAUUUUUGUACAAGAUAAAA